AUGGUUCAACGGUUAGUUUACCGGUCACGCCACUCUUAUGCCACCAAGUCGAACCAACACCGGAUCGUCAAAACUCCAGGUGGGAAAUUGACUUACCAGACGACGAAGAAGAGAGCUAGUGGACCCAAGUGCCCUGUUACUGGCAAGAGAAUCCAAGGGAUUCCGCAUCUGAGGCCCGCUGAGUACAAAAGGUCGAGGUUGUCCAGGAACGAGAGGACAGUGAACCGCGCAUAUGGUGGUGUUCUGUCUGGAGAAGCUGUUAGGGAGAGGAUUGUCAGAGCCUUCUUGGUUGAAGAACAGAAGAUUGUGAAGAAGGUUUUGAAGCUCCAGAAGGCGAAAGAAAAGACUGCCCCAAAGAGUUAG